UCAUAGCUUUUCCCCUCGAAACAUUAGUUUUUGCAGUUUAAUGGUUUGAUAGGUAAGAGGUCAAAAACUCCAGUUAAAUUAGGAUUAAACUUGACUGUAACAGUUAUAAUUCAACAGGUGGUGAAUUGAAUAUUAAGGUUGAUGUGAAAGACUUUGAACCUGAAGAACAAAAUACCGGUAUGCCGACUUGCAUAUUGUGGACAACAGAGUCUGUCAGAGGCCAAGAGGUUCAGCAGCCAAGGACAUCUACUACAUCAGCUACAUUCGCAAGUGUGUGUUAUGCUCAGACAGAACAUCUUGCGGCUCUCAAAGAGCAAUUCUUUCUAUCAUUUCUUCAAAAUUAUGUCCAGACUACACCCCCACAGUCCUCUGAGGAGCACAAUAUGUUUAAGGAAUAUGCAAAAGAAAUGAGGUUCAUCAUUACAGGUAUCUCUGUAGGAAGUUUAGUGAUUACGGUGAAGUGUGAAUCUCAAUUGAUCUUGGUGAGGUUGUUGAUAGAUUAUUUAUCUGGUCAUCUUGGUGAAGUGGUUCAAAACAGUUUUGUAACUGAAAAGAUAUUGAAGAAACUGAACCUGGCCAUGCUGAGGCUGGAAACAACAAUGGACAUGGAAGAAUACAAUGCAUGCGAAGUGUAUUUUGAGAGAGUUGCACUCAGAGAUGUUUUGUCAGCUCAUUCAUACUUCAAAAGUACUGAAGAUGAAGCACAGUUAGAAAGAUGGAAACAGAAGACAGAGGUUGUGGAGUCAGAGAAAGUGAAAAAAUUUGAAGGAAGACUGGAGACUUUUACACUUCCGGAAGAGAUACGAGCUGCGUGUGCUUCAGCCUCUCCCGUACUGUCCUCUGCUGGUCAUGAAAAAGAAUUGGAAGGAAGACUGAAGACUUUUACACUUCAGGAAGAGAAAGGCAUCUUGCCUCCUUCUGAAGAAGAACUAGAAGAGCUACUCAUGAAACUUCAAAGUAUGAAAGGUGAGUAA